AUGGAUGGGAAGGGUAGGACACACCUACCUACCUACCCAUCCACGUUCGACUUGGACCAAUUCGUAGCCUCUUCCUCUUACUCCUACUUCCUGUCCACUCCCGCCAUCUCCCCCCGCCCCCGCCCCCUUUCCCUUCCCCCGCUUGAACAAAAGCAAAAAGAUCACAGUGUGCGCAAUGUACACGGAUCCAACAGUGCAGGCGCAGAUGCACGUCUUGGGCCCGCGGACGGUGGAGCGGCCGUCGGGAUGGCGGUAUGGGCCGAUGCGGAUGGGGUCUGUGACGUUGCCGUGGUAUUAUGCUUCGCCGGAGGCGCAAUUGGUGUUGGUGGCGUGUGCAUGUUCAACGCACUCAACGGCAUCGGCGGCGCCGGCCAAUUCGAUCCCCGCGCCAGCAACGCAUCCAACACCGCCCUCUACGCCACCUUCUCCCUCGUCGGCUUCUUCGCCGGCACGGUGACCAACACGCUCGGCAUCCGGGCCUCGCUGGCCUUUGGCGGUGUGGGCUACUGCGUCUACGUCAGUGCUUUUUUGUGCUUUAGCAAGACGGAGAGUCUCGUGUAUGUGGUGUUUGCGGGCACGCUGCUGGGCUGCUGUGCCGGGGUGUUGUGGGCGGCGCAGGGGGCGAUUGUGAUGGCGUAUCCGAGGGAGGAGGAGAAGGGGAGGUAUAUUUCGGGGUUUUGGGUCGUGUUUAAUAUGGGCGCAGUGAUUGGGAGUCUGAUUGGCCUGGGCUUGAAUUUUGACAAGAAGGAGGUUGAUUUGGGCAGUAACGAUGCGAAGUUCCAAGGGGCGAUUAGCGAUGCUACAUAUGCCACUUUUCUGGUGUUAACGUUACUGGGCGCCUGUCUGGCCUGGACAUUGGUCGAUGCUCGACGGGUUGUGCGCCGCGACGGAUCCCGCAUCAUCCUCAUGAAGCAUCCGACGUGGAAAUCGGAGAUUCUGGGGUUAUGGGAGACACUGCGCAGUGAUUCCUACAUCAUCCUGCUCUUCCCUAUGUUCUUCGCCUCGAAUUGGUUCUACACCUACCAGUUCCAGGACGUUAACAAGGCGCGCUUCAACAUUCGGACACGCGCGCUUAACGGCACGCUGUACUGGCUCGCGCAGAUCCUGGGUGCGUUUGUGUCUGGCUUUGCCCUCGACUUUCCGAAUAUCAGGCGGACGAACCGGGCAAAGGUUGCAUGGCUUGCCAUGUUUGUACUGACUUUUGCCGUCUGGGGAGGUGGUUACGUGUUUCAGAAAACGUACAGUCGCGACAACAUCACUGAGCUCUACGACUGGACUUCCGAGGGCUAUGCUGGCCCCAUGUUCUUGUACAUCGCCUAUGGCUUCUACGACGCAGCAUGGCAGACGUGUGUGUACUGGUUCAUGGGCGCCAUCAGCAACAACAGUCGCAAGCUGGCCAACUUUGCAGGCUUCUACAAAGGCAUCCAAUCGGCCGGUGCGGCCGUAAUGUGGAGGUUGGACGACUACAAGAUCUCGUAUAUGAAUUUGUUUGCCUCGUGCUGGAUACUGCUGGCGGGUAGCUUGCUGAUUGCGCUUCCGGUCAUGUUGCUCAAGAUUAAGGACACGGUGCCUCCUGAGGAGGAUUUGAAGUUUACCGAUGAGGUUAUUGAGGAUGUCAUGGGACCUCGAAACUCGUAUGAGGAGCUGGACAAAGGCUCUGAGCUGAGGAGGUGGUGA